CUUGGCCGGCACAGCUGCUGGGGUUGACUCCACUUUCUUGGUUUGUUUCAGAGCGCGGUCGGCCUCCUGCUUGGCCCAGUGCUCUGCUCACAGCUCCGCCUUGCUCUUCUCCCCUGCCGGCUUCUCGCUGCUGGCCAGGUCCUCGCUGGGCACUGGGGCCGGCAUGGGGGGCGCAGCCCCUACAAGAGGAGAGACCGGUCACCGUGCGGGAGCCUCCCACACCCCCGGGCUCCAGAGAGCACACGGCCCAUGGAUGAUCACGGAUGUGCAGCUCGCCAUCUUCGCCAACAUGCUGGGUGUGUCGCUCUUCCUGCUUGUGGUUCUCUACCACUACGUGGCUGUCAACAACCCCAAGAAGCAGGAGUGAGGGGCUACCCCGCAGAGCCCAAGCCCUGAGCAGGGCCUGCCAUGGCCAGAAGCAGAGCUGACAGCCGCCCCUGGCCCCGCAGCCUGGCUCCAUAUCGCACCGCGCCGUAGCUUUGUGCAGACACAAA